AUGAGAAUUGGAAACAGAUUGGAGUCAGGAAAUGGUCUGGAGACGGUUUGGUUGAAUAAAAGGCUUUCGUUAUGCGCCGAGCGAUCUGCUGACGGUACUGCUGAAUCUGUCCCAUGGGCAAGUAUUGUGACACCCAUUUGCUUCUGCGACUCCACCCACGUUCCUGCAUCAUUGCACCCAGACAUCCCGCCCAGAUAA